UAGUAUUUAGUGUAUAUUAGUAGAAAUGGAAUAUAAUAUUAAUGACUAUGUUUUCAUUAUUAUAUAAUCACCUGAAACUAAGACUUGUUGUGUUUUUGUUACCUUAGAAUGAGCCUUCGCAUCUACAAAUAUCUACAGAAUGGACAAACCAAACUUUGGCUGUAAAUAGGCCCAUUUAUGUUUUAUUUUACAUGAAGACCACCGUAGUUCUACGAAACGCUUGUAAAACUGUGGUAAAGGCGGUUGUGUUAUGGUAAGAAUGACCUCUGAGCGAGACGAAGGUCCUGAAAGAUACCACGUGUUACCACGGUUUUGUACUUGCAGUCUUGUAAAGGGAGGGGUAUUCAGUCUGCAACCACAACGCUAGAUGCCGCCAAAUCCUACAACACUAUCCCUUUAACUGUACUCGACAAAUACAGUGAUUUGGAUGUUUGCAUGUUGCUGCAGCAGUAGGAUGUCUGCACUUCCUGUAAAGCCAGGCCUACGCCACAGUGUGUCAGAGUGGAACAGCAACAACCACCAGCUGUCUGCCACAGCACAACAUGAGCGAUAUGUUUCUAAUGUGAUCCGGCAGGAAGGAAGGUCACUACGCAACGAAACCAACUGUAAGACAACCUGGGAUGACAGCGAUACCUCUCGCAGGUUGAGUGACCGAGUGUGGGAUGUUGCCAGGUGGAAAGAGGCAUUAGAAACCUGCGCACAGAAACUGGAUGAAGAGAUGGAGGCUCUGACCCUGUCUAAAGAGCAAACUGAGCAGGCCCUGGCUGUGACUGCUGUUCCCAUGGAAGUCGGCAAUGAAUGUUUGACACUGAGGGACGGACGGCGAGGGUACGAGCUCGCCAUUGAUCCCGUAGAUGAACAGCUGAAAAAAGAAGUGGCGCUGAUUGAAAGAGUGCAGCAAGUUCUGCAGCAGCACAUAGAAAAGGCCUUUGAGAAAGUUUGUGUUUUGCAGGAGGCUCGGCACCAGCUGACCACUGACAUCCAGAACAAGAUGGACGCCCUGGACAUUGAUAUGUCCAGCCUGUCACUUACUGUAAAGUCACCUCAGAUCUCUUUAAAAACCAACCCAACUCGCAUACCACAGUGUUCCUCCACCCCCCAGGAGUGGGUCCAGUUCAGCCAGUAUAAUGUGGCUCGUGCCCAGGAGGCCAUGCAGGUGUCCCAGCAUAUGAGGGAGGACAUGAGUCUCACCAGAGCCCAGCUGCAGAAUGAGUUGGACACUCAGCGCCGUGCCACAGAGUUUGCUCUCCGUAAGCGUAAUCACCAUGAAGAGCAGGCCCGCAAUGAGCUGGAGUGGCAAAUAAGAAAUACUGAAGAUGAAAUGGCAGAAAUGGAGAGCGACAUCCACGGCCUGGAUGCAGAUCUGCAGGUAAAGACUGCCUCCCUGAAACUGGCUCACACCCGACUGGAGAACAGGACCAACAGACCUGGCAUGGACCUCUGCAGAGACGAGGUGCAGCACGGCCUCGUUAGUGAAGUCCAUCAGCUGGAGGCCACAAUCAUGGCUCUGAAGCAGAAGCUUUCUGAAGCUCAGCACUCUCUGCAGAAGAUGAAGCUCCAUCACUCCCGCAUGCUGCAGGAUCUUGCCAGAAAACAGGAAGCCCUUUCUCUGGAACUACGAAGCAUGAACACCCGCACCCGCCUCACAUCAGCCUCCUGCACUGAUAAAACCCCGGUGCUGCUGGUUCCACUCGCAAACUCCAGCGGCAGGAGCAACCUGCAGCUGCUGGCUCAGUAAGAUGAGAUGAUAGGAAGGGACCUACAGUAACUCAACAAAUACAUUAGUGUGAUUUUAGCUUUGACUUCAUGUUUUUAACCCUGCAGCUAAUGUUCUGUUCACACUUGAGAUACAUUCAGUUCUCUUACCCUCUAUACAUUAAUUUAUCAUCAUGAAUUAAUCAUUAACUGCUGAAGAACAAAGUACUUUACAGAAUUGUAUUUAUUUAUUCAAACAAAAACUGUCAUCCUCUUGCAAAAAAACCUAUUCUCCUGUCUAGUACUUUGUGUCAUCUGCUUCGAGUUGUGUUGUGUUAAAUGAUCAAUCAUAUACUUUGUUUGUAAAGUUUCACAAAAACCUGUGGAUUAUUUGCAUGUUUCCUCUUCAUUAAACCUUUCUUCAUGCAGAUGUUUCUGGCA